UUCAAACUACCAUUACUGAGCUUGGGUUUCAUCCUUCUGCUUCUGACUCUGCUUUGUUUUUGAGAUAUACCUCGGCUGGUUUUGUUGCUCUCCUACUCUAUGUGGAUGAUAUGAUCAUCACUGGCCCUGACUCUUCUGCUAUCUCUGAGGUCAAGCAACAUCUCUUUCGCACCUUCGAAAUGAAGAAUCUGGGUCCAUUGUAGUAUUUUCUUAAUAUUGAGGUUGCUGCUUCUCCAAAGGGCUAUUUUCUGUCUCAGGCCAAGUACGCUAAUAAAGUUAUUCACUGUGUUGGUCUUACUGAUACUAAGGUUUCUGAUACACCAAUUGAGCUUAAUGUGAAGCUCAACUCUACUGAUGGUGUCCCUCUAGAUGAUCCCACGGUCUAUCGUGAGCUGGUGGGUUGUUUAGUUUAUUUGACUGUCACCCGCCCUGAUCUUGCUUAUGUUGUUCAUGUGGUUAGUUAGUUCGUUUCUGCUCCUCGCUCUACCCAUUGGGCUGCUUUGGUUCGCAUUCUUCACUAUCUCCGGGGUACCAUCUUGCAGGGCUUGCUGUUGUCAUCUAUUUUCUCUUUAGACAUGGUGGCCUAUGCUGAUUCUGAUUGGGCAAGUGAUGUUACUAAUCACAAGUUCACCUCUGGUUUCUGUUUGUUUCUUGGCAAUUCCUUGAUCUCUUGAAAAAGUAAGAAACAAACUGUUGUUGCUCGCUCUACUGCCAAAGCUGAGUACCGUGUUAUGGCUUUUGCUACUGCUGAGUUUGUUUAGCUUCAUUGUCUUCUCUCUGAUUUGGGUGUACCUCAGUCUUCUCCAACCUCUCUCUAUUGUGACAACCGCGGUACUAUUUAGAUUGCCCACAACACGGUCUUCCAUGAACGGACCAAACACAUUGAGAUUGAUUGUCACUUUGUCCUCCAGCAUCUACAGUCUAGCUCUAUCUUGCUUCCUUUCAUCUCCUCAGUUUUGCAACUUGCGGACUUCUUCACCAAGACUCACACUAUCGCUCGGUUUUAGUUUCUUCUUGGCAAACUCUCCGUGUUUUCCGCUAAAACACCAUGAGUUUGAGUGGGGUGUGAGAAUAUAUGUAUAUAUGGCAAUAUAUGUAUAUAUGGUAUACUUGUGUAUUUUAGGAAUUAGGCAAAUUAGGCAAGAUUGUGGUGAUGUAAAUAAGAAUGAAUCUGUAUUUCCUUUUUUUAAGUCGUAGGUUAGGGCUAUAUAAACUGAUGACUUCUUUGUAUAUGAUAUAAAUUGAAUGCAAGUUAUUAUCUUCAGAAACUUACAGCCUGGAGUUCGAGCAUGGUUUUUGGAUGGGCUGGCCACAGAAUCUUCAUGAAACUCAAGGAAGUAAAAUCAGCUCUUAAGCAAUGGAAUCAAGUUGAAUUCAGCAAUUUGAAUAAAAAAUUAAUUUCCAUCAAAAACCAACUGCACACAUUGGAUCUCCUUCAAGAGAAUCGUUUUUUAUCUGAGGAGGAGUCUACCAACAGGAGGAAACUGAAAUUUGACUUCUGGAAAAUCUCACGGCUGAUUGAGAGCAUUUGGCUACAAAAAUCAAGGCAGUUUUGGUUCAAGGAUGGGGAUAAAAACACUAAAUACUUCCAUAUGGUGGCAAGCACUAGGCAGAGCAAAAAUUCACUAGGAAACCUAUUCAUCAAUGGAGAAAAUGUAGAGGAUUCGGAGCAGAUAAAAAGUGGAGUCAAGUCUCAUUUUCAAAAUUUUUUCUUAGAAAAAUGGCCUUCAAGACCCACAUUCUCAAGAUCUUUUGAGCAGUCUCUUUCAAGUAUGAAUGCAACCUUGUUAGGGCAACCAUUUUCAGAAACUGAGAUUUGGGAUGCCAUAAAUCACUGUGACGGAAGUAAGGCUACAGGUCCAAAUUCAUCAAAAAAAUGUUGGGCUUUCAUCAAGGCCGAUAUUGUCUCUUUCCCAGUGAGUUUCAUCAAAAUAGUAGGAUCAAAAAAGGUCUGAAUUCUACCUUCUUAACCUUGAUUCCAAAAAUUCUGAAUCCAUCUUCUUUAUCUGACUACAGGCCCAUCAAUUUGAUAGGCUGUAUUUAUAAGAUUCUAGCAAAAAUUUUAUCAAGAAGAUUGAAAUCUGUCUUACCCAAAUUGAUAAAUAAAACUCAAUCAGCUUUUGUAAAAGGAAGGAAAAUCUUAGAUGGCAUUCUCAUAGCCAAUGAAGUCGUUGAUUUAUGGAAACACAAUUCUACAAGAGGGCUCCUUCUCAAAUUGGAUUUUUAGAAGGCUUUCGAUAGUGUCAAUUGGAACUUUCUUCUCCAUUUGCUUCACAAAUUUGGUUUUGGUGAUAAAUGGAUAUCAUGGAUUAAAGAAUGUGUUUCUCCUCCUCAUAUAUCAAUAUUGGUCAAUGGCUCCCCUUCUCAAGAAUUUUCUCCACAGAGAGGAUUAAGACAAGGUGACCCUCUUUCCCCCUUUCUCUUUAAUCUUGUGGUUGAAGGACUAAAUAUUCUCACCCAAAGGGCUAAAUGCCUCAAUCUUAUCAAGGGUGUGGAUAUAAGUGGCUCAGGGCUAAACCUAUCUCAUCUGUAAUUUGCAGAUGAUACCCUCAUGUUUUGCAAUCCAGACUGGGAUAAGAUAACAAACCUUAAAAGAAUUUUCAGUUGCUUUGAGUUAAUCUCUGGGUUGAAGAUUAACUACCAGAAGUCUGUAAUUUGUGUCGUCAGGAUAAACAAGGUAUUCACAUCACAAGUAGCUGAAUUUUUCAAUUGCAAGAUGAAAAUUCUACCAAUCAAUUAUCUAGGAAUGCCUCUUGGGGCCAACCCAAAAAGAGUAUCUACCUGGGAGCCUAUUAUAGACAAAGUGAAGAAAAGAUUAGCAUCAUGGAAAAGGAGAUACCUUUCUCUCAGAGGUAGAAUUACUUUGAUCAAAUCUGUACUAUCUUCUCUCCCACUUUACUAUAUGUCCAUUUUCAAAAUGCCUUCCAAAGUGGCAAACUUAAUUGAUAAAUAUCAGAGAUCUUUUUUAUGGGGGGAUAGUGAUAACAAAAGGAAAUUACAUCUUCUCAACUGGAAGACGUCCUCUGUUAGCAAACAUUUUGGUGGUUUGGGCUUCAGAAAGAUUAAGGAAGCCAAUGAUACUCUUCUAUGCAAAUGGUGGUGGAGAUUUGCCACUGAAAAAAGUUCAUUGUGGAGGAAAGUUUUAUGUGCCAAAAAUAAUGUAAAUGGAGAUUGUUGGUUCCCAAAUGGCUCAAGCUUUAGACUCUCAUCCACAAUGUGGAAAAGUAUUUCAUCCAUGGAAAGGAGAAGUCUGAGAGUUUGGGAAGAUGAAUUGCACCUUGAGCUGAUCAGCAGAUUGCCGCAACCAAUUAGCUUUAGUAAUAAUUGCGAGGACACUUUGUUAUGGGCUCCUAUACCAUCCGGUUCAUUCAUAGUUAAGUCUCUUUAUGAGAUCUUUGAAAAUUCUCUUAGAUUAACUCCCUUUCCUAUUAUGAAAAUGUGGAAAUCUUUAGCUCCUCCCAAAAUCAAAACUUUUGGUUAGCUUGUUUGGUGGAAUCGGAUUGCCUCUUCGGAUCUUCUUGCCCGAAGGUCUAUUAUUCCAGCGGUUAAUCAUUGUGCAUUCUGUGGUUUGGAUAAUGGAAAUGCAUCUCACCUGCCCUUGCUUUGCAAUCAUGCUUGGAAGGUUUGGUCUGAAAUUAUGUAUUGGUGGGGCUCUCAGUGGGUAUCUCCUUGCUCUUUACAAGACUUGCUUUUAUGGUGGUAUGGUCAAAAAACCAAAAAUCUGGGUUCUCUCAUCUGGGAAGCAAUUCCAUUAGCUGUGCUUUGGAGCCUAUGGAUUGCAAGAAAUGACAAGAUAUUUAACUCUAAAGCUCUUAUUUGGGAAAAUACUGUGGAAAGCAUCAAAAUCAAAGUGGCCUCUUGGGUGAAGUUUUCUAGUCAUUUGCCUGAAUUUGCUAUCCAUGAUUUUCUAUACUGUCCGGAUGGGUUGAAGGGUCAUAAAUUGAAGGCUCUGGAUGGUUGAUAGGUUUUGUAGUUUUUAUUAUUUUUCUUUUAUUUCAGUUUGGUUGUACACUCUCCAACCUCUUGUAUUGGUCUUGGCUUGCAUAUGAUUGGGCUCAAUUAUAGGUGCCAACAUAGUUGGGAUGUAUUCUUGAGCUAUGAUGCAAUUCAGUCAAGUCCCUCCUUUCUUUUCUCAUUAUUAAUAAAACCUUUUCUUUGCUGAUCAAAAGAAAAAAACAAAAUUCUCUAACUAUGUAUUUGAAACUCUAUACAAUGGUGCAACCUUGUUUAUCCGUCAAAAUGCGUUUCUUUUCCUGACCCUAACAUUUUCCAUGUUCUAUUGGAAUAGAUGGUGCAUUAAGUUGUCACUUAUAGAUGUCAACUUUGUAAUUUAUAUUGUUGUUAUGUAAUGCAACAUUGUUCUGAUUUUGUGUUUACUUUUAUUCAUGAUAUUUUAUAUAUAUAUUUGGUUGGUGGGGGUAAAUUUAUAUGAAUGGACUCAUAGAGUCUGCAAAUUUGAAAGGACAAACCUUUAAUUUCAUUCCUCUUUGAGCCAGUGGGGCUGUAGUGUCUUUACUAAUGGUGGUCUGCUCCAGAAAUGAACUGACCUAUCCAUUUAAAAAGAAAAGAAGAUGACCAUUUUUUUUUAAUUUGAUUUUGGACUGAGGAAAUUAAUGCAAUAGUGAUCUUGACAUUCACCUGAUACAUUAGUAAAUGCAUUUGUUUGCAUUGUUUUGUAUAACUUGUUGUGAAUGAAAGGAUAUUUUGGUAAUUUUGUUUAAAUGUGCAACAUUUUCCCUCUAUUUGGUUGAUUAAUAAAUUUUCUUACUCUAAAUUUAUAAUAUUGGUGCUGUGAUGAAUGUGGAUUUUUAAGAG